GAGCCAGCCUCCCGCCCGAGGAGGUUUUGAUCUCAGUGGUUUCCUCCCCCUGGGUUCCCCGGUUGCUUUCGGGCUGCAGAGCGAACUUGCAGCCCGGAGUCCAUGUCCGUGGCGGUGGCGUCUCUGGCCGCGCAGCCCGACAGCAUGCUCUCCGACGCCGAGGAGCACAAGGAAGUGGCCACAGAUGUCUUUAAUUCCAAAAACCUGGCCGUUCAGGCACAAAAGAAGAUCCUGGGUAAAAUGGUGUCCAAAUCCAUCGCCACCACCCUGAUUGACGACACCAGCAGUGAGGUGCUGGAUGAGCUCUACAGAGUGACCAGGGAGUACACCCAGAACAAGAAGGAGGCUGAGAAGAUCAUCAAGAACCUCAUCAAGACAGUCAUCAAGCUGGCCAUUCUGUACAGGAACAACCAGUUCAAUCAAGACGAGCUGGCACUGAUGGAGAAGUUCAAGAAGAAAGUUCACCAGCUUGCCAUGACAGUGGUCAGUUUCCACCAGGUGGAUUACACCUUUGACCGGAACGUGCUGUCUAGGCUCCUGAACGAGUGCAGAGAACUGCUGCAUGGCAUCAUCCAGCGCCACCUCACCGCCAAGUCUCAUGGACGGGUUAAUAACGUCUUUGAUCAUUUUUCAGAUUGUGAUUUUUUGGCUGCCUUGUAUAAUCCCUUUGGGAAAUUUAAGCCUCACUUACAAAAACUUUGUGAUGGUAUCAACAAAAUGUUGGAUGAAGAGAACAUAUGAGCUUAUGAACUAAGGGUGUGACCGGUGGUGAUUUAUUUGAAGACGGAGCCCUGCUGA